AUGACGGUAAGCAGUGGGUUUUCCGAAAAAACGAUUGAGGUUUUCGCGGCGUUUAUGCAGUACCUGCAGGAGCACAAGUUGUACCGAAAGCGGCUCUGCUUCGCGCAGCUGAAUUUGUAUCGUAAGGAAAAAUCCCCCCUUUCCAUACCAAAGCGGGAUACUUCUGAAAAUUUGUGAUGCUGAUUUGUGGCCACAAAUCGUCCCUGUAUUGCAAGAAGGCAAAUCAAAAAGCCCCGCCGCAUUCUGCAGGCAAUUUGUAAUGCUGUGCGGCCUAUAGAGGACGCGCCUGCCUUCCUAGGUGCCUACACCAAAGCGCCCCUACUCAGGUCCUGCAUCUGCCUGCAGUCCUCUUCUGCAAGACAAAGCAGAUUUGUGUAAACAAAUUCCGCAUCACAGAUUUCCAUUUUGAUAUGGGGAGGGGGGAUUUUUCCAUUUGAUAAUUUGUGGUAUUUAACGAAGAAAGUCUUCCCGGACCCCCUGCAAAUCCGCCGGUACGCGGGUCAAGUCACUUCGGGGCCGAUGGAACUCGGGUUUGCGAGUAAGUACUUCCCGUAUGGGAUUCUCAAAUGUUACAUUCUCAUGUGUUACAUGAUUUGUCAUGCAAAUUUGCCACCAAGAUCGCCACUAUUAAGCUGCUUCGCAUGACAAAUCUCCGAAGGGCCUAAACAGCAUGUAAAUCUGUGCCAAAUCUGUAAUGCAAGAGGCGCAAGCUUCCCCCAUUCAUUUUUGCCGUUCUUGCAUUACAAAUUCAUGUAACAGUUGAGAAUGUAACAUUUGAGAACGCCAUAUCCCGGUUUGGUCGGGUACGACGGAAAACUGGGCGACGUGGCAGUACGUAUCAAAUACAAAUUCAUUUAGGUCUGGAGGAAAGUUGCAAGACUUGUCAUGCAGAUUUUCUAUGACCAGUGAGGGCAGGUUAGCAGGACCUAGCAUGACAGAUUCUUUGAGGUCGUAGUCUCUAUCAUGCCUAUACUGCAUGGGAAACUUCUCCCUCCCAACCCGGCCAGUGAAAGAGGACUGACAGCUUUUGGUAUCCAUGCAAGACAGAUUUGUGCAUGAUUCCGAUUUAGCAUGACAAGUUGCAAUCUUCCAGACAUGCAAAAAUAUUUGCAAUGCAUAGUACCGGUGGCAGCACAAAUUGACGAAGACGUAUCAGAAGGCGGUGGUCUACCCCUCGGAUACGAACCCGGCGGAGAACGUGAGACGGAGGUUGCUGAAUGAGGAGAAAACGAUGGUGAUUACCU